AUGCACCAACCGCCACCCAACUCAGCCACAGCCCCCAACGCGCCGCCGCAAAUCGGCGUGAAUGGGACCCAACUGCAAGUGGUGGAUAACUUCCCGUACCUAGGAUGUACCCUCUCCAGCAACACCAAGAUCGAUGACGAAGUCGCCAACAGGAUCUCGAAAGCCAGUCAAGCUUUCGGUCGCCUCCAAAGCACCGUUUGGAAUCGUCAUGGUCUACAACUCAGCUCGAAGCUGAAGAUGUACAAGGUCGUCAUCCUGCCGACGCUACUGUAUGGAGCAGAGACCUGGGUGGUGUUCACGAGGCAGGCACGCCGACUUAACCACUUCCACCUCAGUUGUCUUCGUCGCAUCCUGAGGCUGAACUGGCAGGAUCGAAUCCCCGACACUGACGUUUUGGAACGAACGGGAAUACUCAGCAUCUACUCCAUGUUUAGACAAAUGCAGCUGCCCUGGAGCGGCCACCUGGUGCGCAUGAACGACGAGCGACUACCCAAACGACUCUUCAACGGAGACGUCGCGACGGGUUCUCGCCGUCAAGGAGGCAAAAUUCGCCGUUUUAAGGACACCCUGAAGUCCUCACUGAAUCGUCUGCAAAUCAGCCCGACCAACUGGGAAGAGCUCGCCCGCGAUCGUCCGAAAUGGAGGAGGACAGUGAAGACGGGCGCUGCUAUCUAUGAAGCCAACCGCAUCGCUGCCGCCAAGGCGGAACGCGAAGCCCGCAAAUCCCGAUUUCGCCCAGUAGGCAACGUCACCGUACAACCGCUUCCAACGUGUCCUCGAUGUCAACGGACAUUCCGGGCUCGAAUCGGACUUGUUGGUCACCUUCGGAUCAACUGCGCCACUCAAGCCGCACCAACCAUCGUCCCCCCGCCCGCCUCUUCCUCUUCUUCCCCCUAUCUACCGCCAACUAACUCUGACAAUUCUUCUGAACAACCACUUCCAUCAUCCUCCUCCUCCUCCUCCUGCUCCUCCACUGCCCCAACUGCGGCCGCUCAGGCGACUGUCACGCGCGCAACGACCACCUCCCCCUACUCAAUUGAUGAGGAUCAGGACUACACCUGCCCUCACUGCGACCGCACCUUCACCUCACACAUCGGCCUGGUCGGUCACUUGCGAAUCCAUUGCACAGAGACUGGCGAACCAGUGCCUGGAGCACCAACCUACACCCAUCGCACUCGCCUCCACUGCCCACACUGCCCUCGCACCUUGGGGCACCGCAUGGGCCUAUACGGCCAAAUGCGCAUCCACGAGAUCCGAACUGACAGCAACUCCGACGCACCCACGACAUCCAGCACAUCCAACACGCCCAGUCCCACCCCCGCUCCAUCGCCCUGCGCGCCCAUCACCAACACCACCGCCACCAUCACCGCGUCCUCCGUAGUUGACACUGACGCCGCCGACUUCACCAGCCCACACUGCUCACGCACAUUCACCUCUCGCAUCGGCCUGUACGGUCACGUGCGUAUCCAUCGCACAGAGACUGGCGAACCAGUGCCUGGAGCACCAAUUUAUACCCACCAAGCGCGUCUCAAGUGCCCACACUGUCCUCGCACGUUCAGGCACCGCAUGGGCCUAUUCGGCCACAUGCGCAUCCACGGCAACCUGCGGUAG